GUAAGAGUAUUAGUGUUUUUUCUCUUCGUGCGCGUGGGUUGUUAUCGCGAGGAACUCUGAAGCUCAAGAAGUGAAGUGAAGCGAGAGUGUUUUUCUACGUCGACGCUUCCAGCUUGGCAUACAUAAAGGGACGUCUGCAGGCUCUUAAGCUCUGGCUUAAUAUGAAUAUAGACUAGAUAUAUGGUUUAUUUAAUAUAUUAUUAUGCUUGUUGUUUUGUGUUUUUUUUUGUAAAUGUAGCUCUGUAUCCUCCGUGUUGACGGCGCUGCCCGUCACAUCUGUAGCCACUGGAAUCUGGUUUUCAGCACCUGGACAGCUCCCGGUCGUGAACCUCUUAUUAUUAUUAUCGGGCACAUGGAGCCCCUGGUAUGAUUGUGGGGGAAGCCCCGAAAUCACAUUAUGCUUCCCUCCGAGGAUGUCGUUAUCUUCCUGAUUCACUGACAGCCUCGUCGUCUCUGCUGAAGGAUGGUGUUUUCAGUCCGGAGUAGGUGUUUUCGUCGUGCGCUUUCUUCUGAAUGGCGAACCGGGUGCUUGGCCAACGCAAAUCUAAGGAGAAGCGCAGCCUACACACAGCAAGAUCCGAGCUUCCCUCACACUGAUCAUCAUCAUAGGCGAGGAGGGAGCUAUUACCAUCAUCAUUGCGAGGGCACAGGAGUCACGACCACACUUUACACAAUGUAGAGCACGAAAACACAAGGUGUGGUAGGAGGUCUCUGCAGUGGUGAAAUCACUUUUCACACUUGGGGUUAUUUAGUGUGGACGUCUAUUUGCAGCAACAAGACCUCAACAUGAGCAAGCCCCACGCCCCUCCCCAGACCGGAGCCUCAGAGCUGGAGGUGAUUUCUCAGCAGGUGGAGGAGGACAACCAGUGCGUGGCCCCUGUCCAGCUGGUCAGCUUCGCCUACAGAGACUUGCCUUUGGCCGCCCUUGACAUAUCCCUCGCUGGAUCUCAGCUCAUCUCGAACCCGGAUGAAGAAGACAACAGGGAGGGGUCAAACUGGCUGAAGCCGUGCUGUGGGCGAAGGGCUGCGCUGUGGCAGGUCUGUCUGCUGUCAGUGGGCUUCAACUGUUUCCUGGUGGCCUGUGUCAUUCUGGUGGUGCUGCUGCUGACGCUGGAGCUGCUCAUAGACACCAAGCUGCUGCAGUUUAAUAAUGCAUUCCAGUUUGCUAGCAUCAUCCACUGGCUCAGCCUGGCUAUUCUCUCUGUGUUCUUCACUGAGACGGUGUUCCGGAUCGUGGUGUUGGGGAUAUGGGAUUACAUAGAGAACAAAGUAGAGGUGUUUGAUGGAGCUGUCAUCGUCCUCUCUCUGGCCCCCAUGGUGGCCUCCACAGUGGCCAACGGCCCCAGCAGCCCCUGGGACGCUAUCGGUCUCAUCAUCACACUGCGCAUCUGGAGGGUCAAGAGGAUCAUCGAUGCCUAUGUGCUACAAGUGAAGGUGGAGAUGGAGCUGGAGAUCCAGCAGUAUGAGAAGGCCAAGGCGGUGAGGGAGGAACAGCUUGACCGGCUCACACAGAUCUGCCAGGAACAGGCAUUUGAAAUCAGGCAGCUGAGGGCCCACCUGGCCCAGCAGGACCUGGAUCUCGUAGCAGAGCGUGAAGCAGCCAUGCAGAUCCACCAUAUGUGGGGUAAACAGAGCAGUAGUUUCCAGGAGGUGGACGGAUUGGCCCCUGGGGCCUCCGAGCAUCAUGGGCCAGCUAAAGCUAGAGAGCCAGGGGGGCCUGCAGAUCACCAUGGUCAAGAUGACAUGAACAACUACAUAAGCCAGUACUACAGUGAGCCAAGCAGUGAUAUGGGGAUCCCAGAUCCUGCACGGUACAUCACCACAGCAGCCAUAGACGUGCACCUGCCCAACAACCCCAGCCAGCUUCCCUCAUCUUUGGUGAGUGCCGACGCAGUGACAUCAAGCCGUUUGCAGCGCACUGGCAGCUCGGUCAGCGAAGCCUCCACCACCACAGUGUCCCGCACCAGCUUCAGCGCCCACCACAGCAUCAGCAGCCACACGCUGGGCUCCACCACGGACUGCAGCUCCACAGUGCGCGAGGCCUCCACUUCUACAGAUUACAGCGACCAACGCUGCUACCCCCCACCCUACAGCAGCCCUCUAGCCCGGGGCACUCAGCCGCGAGGGAGUCCCAGCGCUGUGGUGCAGGAGCUGCUCUCCUCUCUGACCGAGGACUCUUGUCUCGCCCAAAAGGGCUUGGACCCUGUCAACCUUAAACCGCCCAGCCCGGCAGGUUCCACCAAAACCAGCCCAGAGCUGGAGCACAAGGUGAACAUCUACAACAAGAGGAACCAGGAGAGCAGAGUUGGGCUGCACUCCAAGCCUCUCAUCCACAUGCAAGGCAACGAGCCUCUUCUAGAGGAGAAGUACAGGAUGAUGGAGCCAGUAGACGCCCCGGUCAACCGUCUGUCGGAGACAUAAGCCUCUGCCUGAGACGUGGAACUUCACAGGACUCGAUCUUCAAAUCAACUGCAAAAAUUAACACAAACUAAACUCUGGUGUUGUUGGGACUCACUGGCACACGAACUGUAUAGUCUGUCAUCCUCUUCUUACUGUUGGGACUGUGGGGAUGAACUUGACAGAGCAGCACAAAAACAGAGGGCAUGGAAGACCGGAGAAGGCAGACUUGUUAUCAGGCACCACUUAUCAGGAAUUGACACUCACAAAAACACUUUGAGUUUUAUGACUAAUUUUACCAAAAGAAACCAGCAACAGGGCGCGAGCCCAAAAUGUUCAGACAACUGGUCUGUGCGGGAAUAUCUGGCUUUUGAAAUGUUAGUUUUUCUUUAUUGCUUAAACACAUUUCUUGAAAUUAUGCCUCUUUUUCUCAAAAGUCUAAACACAAAUCAACAACUUCUCAAUUCUUAAUCAACUUCUCAAUCAAUUUAGUGCUGAUUGAGUGAACAAUAUUGAAUGUUAGUGCUUUCUCAAUGACCACAUGGUGUAGGCAAGGAGCAAUGAAGGGAUUUGUGUGUACAGUUUAGGGAAAUAGGUGUGCGCUUUGAAAAAUGGAGUUUUGAAAUUUUAGUUCAAAAGCCUGGUUAUAAUGUUUAAGCAAUGGAGAAAAACUGUAAGCUGUGGUUUGAUUUCUAGGAAGUGAAACCAGUGAGGGGGUGGUGCUGAGGGCUUAGCUCCUCUGAUACACUUUGUAGGAACUGGAGAUGCUAGACUGACCAUGUAUUGGAGGGCCACCAACUGGCACUACACAGCAUGGAUUUACCACAAGUGGAGGUGUAUCAGCUAUUUUGAAUGUCAUUCUAGUUUCUCCAAACUCACAAAGAACAGUCCUCUUUGAUGGGACUGCUUCAGGGUCCAUUGGAUUAGUCUCAACGUCUUUCUAAUCUUUCUCUUUCUAUUUUAGCAACGUUAACAUUUUUAUCUAAAUUCUAUGAGUGGAAAGAUUGUGGCAAACAUUUGAUGGAUGAUUCCAGUUUUUAACCAGGUGCCAUGACUGAAAUCUGACCAAACCCAGCAGAGUCAGUGUUUACUGAGAUUUUGCAAACUGCAGCAUGUCCUUAACGCACCAAAUUAAUUGAAAAUCUUCCUGCACAUGAUAUAUUUGAUAUCAUACAGGUCUAAAAUAUUACCUUUUUAUGACUUUAAUGUUCGGAAGCUGUGUAAAUAUGUCAAGAUGGGUUUAUCAUAUCACAGCCAAAAAAAUAUUGAGAGACUUGAAGUGGCGCUACAACAAAAGUUUCUAAAAGA